AUGUCCUCGCCACCGCCCACCCCGACCCUCCCGCUGCCGACCGCGACGACCUCCGCGAUAGCCACAACGGCCAGCGCCCCGCUCUUGCCGGUGUCGGUCACCUCCGCCGCGCCCGUCCCCGUCGUCUUCAACCCAUUGGAGAUGACGGGUACCAUCCGGGAUCUCACCCAGGCGGACACGGGCAUCUACACGUUCCUCGCGGGAUGCUAUGGGCUGCAGCCUCCUUUGCCCUUCGCCACCGCCCCGCCGUCGUCCUCGACGACCCCCAUCGCCGCCGCCAUGCAGCAGCUGCCAUGGCAGCCGCCACCAGCGACGAACCCCGGCACCUCCGCCAUGCAGCAGGGGCAACAGCUGCAGCCGCCGCCACCGGCGACCGCGGCCCUGGCCAUCCCGACAACGGGCCCGGGUGUGCCCAUCCACCAGGUCCGGUUUCCCCCGUCGCCCUCUUUGUUACCGGCCUGGCUCACUGGGUCCCUUGAGCAGGUCUACACUACGGCCUCGGUCGGGCCGCACAUGCUGCCCUCACAGGCGACGCACCCAGCCAUGCAGUUUGGCGGGUCCUCGGCCUACGUCGAGCCCUGCACCAGCGUCGACGGGCCCCUGUUCUAG